AUGAAAAUUGCCAUUGUGGGAAGAACCGGAAGUGGAAAGUCUACUCUAAUUCAAGCCCUCUUCAGUGUCAUGGAGCCUAUACAAGGAAGGAUUUUGAUUGAUGGAAUUGAUAUUACUAAGAUUGGUUUGCAGGAUAUGAGGUCUCGGUUGAGUAUAAACCCACAAGACCCAAUACUUUUCCAGGGAACCAUAAGGAGUAAUCUUGAUCCUUUACAGCAGCAUUCAGAUCAUGAAAUUUGGGAGGUUAUGGGAAAAUGUCAUCUUCCAGAUAUAGUAAGACAGGAUCAGACGCUUCUUGACAUGCCAGUGGAAGAACAUGGAGAAAACUGGAGUAUGGGACAAAGGCAACUUGUUUGUCUUGCUAGGGUGCUUCUGCAGAGGAGGAAAAUAUUGAUUUUGGAUGAGGCCACAGCAUCAGUAGACACGACAACAGACAAUGUGAUUCAAAGAAGAAUCAGAGAAGAAAAAAGCAGGUGCACCAUUGUAACAGUGGCUCAUCGGAUACCCCCCAUCAUCGACAAUGAUCUUGUUUUGGUUCUUGAUCAAGGCAAGACUACGAAAUCCCAACUUUAA